CCACCGUGAAGCGACACCGCCGAGUGACGAGUGUGCAUCUGCGCCAACAUGGCUGAUGAAACUGCGAAAGCACAGGUGGCCCAACCUGGCGGAGACACAAUAUUUGGCAAAAUCAUACGCAAAGAAAUCCCUGCAAAACUAUUCUACGAGGACGAUCAGUGUGUUGCCUUCCCUGAUAUUUCCCCCCAAGCACCGACUCAUAUCCUGGUGGUCCCCAAGAAGCCAAUCAUCCAACUGUCUAAAGCGGAAGACGGCGAUGCUGCACUGCUGGGCCACUUGCUGAUUGUGGCCAAGAAGUGCGCCCAGCAGGCAGGCCUGGCCAAAGGCUACAGGAUCGUCAUCAACGACGGACCCGACGGCGGCCAGUCGGUCUACCAUAUCCACGUCCACGUCCUGGGGGGCCGGGGCAUGAAGUGGCCCCCCGGCUGAGGUCCGCCACGUCUUGUUUCCUGUGGAUGAAGUCAAACUAAAUGUGGAUGUUCAACAGUGGUAAUAAAAUGUGAUCCUCUCACAA